AUGAGUAAGCUUGAAGGGCAAAGUCCGCUGACGCACUUUUAUACAACUGACGGUGUAAAUAGUUUCGAGGGCAGAUCAAAGGACAAAAGUUGGGUUUCCAGUUGGAAGGAAAGGAAGAAAUCGAUGAGAUCCGACGAUAAGCGAGGCGCUCGGGUGAAUCAGCCAGCGGAGGAACGUCGGCGAUUAUGCGAAUUAUUUGGCUUCUGCCCGCCCAACCAGUUCUUCCUUCCUAAUGCACUGGCCGACGAAUGGACUUUGGCACCUGUCGUCGUCGGUAAAAUCUUCAGAUGGCUGUAG